AUGGUCAACGCGAGUAUUGAAAAAUCUGCGGUGCAAGUUGUUCUUCGCAUAAGGCCUAUUACGGAAGAGGAUUUGACGAAUCUACCAUCUCGGUUUCAAAAAAAUGUCUUAUCCAUUUCACCGUCGCCAAGUCAAGUCACUGUUAAUGGAGAAAAGAAGCAAACCUAUACUUUUGACCGCGUUUUUGGUCCAGAGACAACACAGAAGGAAAUAUAUGACCAAACGGUGCAGAGCAUGGUGGAAGAAAAGUUCAUGAAGGGAUAUAACGUUACGAUAUUGGCUUACGGUCAAACUUCGUCUGGAAAAACCCAUACCAUGGGCACGGCGCACGAUGAUUCGUUUCAAGCUCCUGACGCAAGGGGCAUAAUUCCACGUUCUAUGGAUACUCUAUUUUCACAAAUAAACUCCACGAAAUACAAAAAUUACAAAUUCUCCAUAAACGUGUCAUUCGUGGAAAUACACAACGAAGAUUUGAUUGACCUGUUUGCGGAGGGAGACUUUGAGAGUAAACCUCAACUGAUGAUACGCGAAGACGCCAACGGGAAUAUCAUAUGCAGUGGCUUACGAGAGAUUAAUGUAAAUAACGUUGAAGACGUUAUGAAUUAUCUCUCUCGUGGCUCAUCAAGUAGACAUGUGGGUACAACUGACAUGAACUCAAAGUCGUCUAGGUCCCACGCAAUCUUUUCGGUGACUCUCUCUCAGCAAAAAUUAGAUGAGGAAGGAAAUGAUAAUAUUACCAUCACGAGUAAACUUCAUUUUGUAGAUUUGGCCGGAAGCGAGAGGCUUAAAAGGACUUCAGCAAUAGGAAAUCGUGUCAAGGAGGGAAUAUGCAUUAACUCUGGUCUUCUUGCAUUAGGAAAUGUAAUUUCCGCUCUAAGCGAUCCAACAAACAAUCCACACAUACCAUACCGGGACUCAAAACUUACUCGACUCUUACAGGAUUCACUUGGUGGCAAUGCUCAAACGUUGAUGAUUGCAUGUGUGACGCCGGCAGAUUACAACGUCAGCGAAACUACCAACACACUCAAAUAUGCUAGCAGAACUCGUAAUAUAAAAAACAAUGCAAAAAUAAAUAAACAAGAAUCCGGUUGGCAAGAUAUCGAUUAUCUACAACGGUCAGUCUUGAAACUUCGUGCUGAAAUUAAGGCACUUAGAACUUCUAAUGGAGUCACGGGAUCCGGAAGGAACACACCAAUGUCUGAAACAAAUGAACUCGAUCGAUCGCUGUCCCCAUUAAGUAUGAUUCCCGACUUGUAUUCAAUUCCGGAAAAGGACCAGGAUGUUUUGGAACUAGAAGAAAAACUGUUAGAACUUAAAAACUCUUAUGCUGAACUCAACGGCAAACAUUCAAAAGCCUUCAAAGAUCUGGAGGUUUUAAAGAAUAACAUUGUUGAUGGAAGUUUCGAUGCUUCGUUGAACGGAGAACCAGACCCUCAACACUUUAACUCAGUGAAGGACGUGAAUAAAGUUCAGGAGUCUAUCAAACCGAUAAUGGCAAAGUACGACGAGACCAUAGGUGGACUUGAAAAAGAUCUCAUUGAUACUCGUAAAGCUACAAGCAACAUGGAAAAGUUGAUGAAAGAGCAGGAAUCAAAAGUAUCGGAAGCAGAACAAGAUUUGAAAAGAAACGUAAAAUUGAUAGAUGAUUUAAAGCGCACCAUUCAAAAUUACAAUGAACGAAGCGAAACUACCGAUGAAUACAUCAAAGAUCUCGAAGCACGGCUGAAUUCGAGUUCGGACGACAAAAAGAAGAAUCAGGAAAUGAUCAAUGAACUCGAAGGGAUAGUGAAUCAAAUUAGUGCUGAUGAAGAGAAAAACGAUCUUUUAAUCCAGAAUCUGGAGGCACAAUUGAAAUUAAGUGAUUCCAAUUAUUCCGAAAUAAAUAAGACGGCUCAAAGUUUGGAGAAAGCUUUGCAUGACGCUGCUGACGCCUAUGUCAAACUUGAGGAAAAGUAUAAAAAAGAAAAAACUAGUGAGGAAGAAGAUCGUACUCUGUGGUUGGAAGAAAUUAAGGAUCGUGAUGAAAGAAUUGUACAACUUCUGAAUAAAGUUGAGAAUCUUAUUAACGAAAUUGCUCAAACGAAAAAACUUAAAGAGGAAGCUGUUAAAUUUCCUUUAAAUCAGCAAUCAUCACCUCCCCAAUCCUCGCCAAUUCUCGACUCACAUUCUAAACGAAUGACCGUGGAUUAUUCCAGAGUUUCUUAUCUGGAGUCUCAGAUAUAUGGACUUCAGAAGGUCCAUGAGGAUGUCAUUUCAGAGUUUCUUGAAAUCAAACAGAGAUAUCAAUAUUGUCAGGAUGAAGCUAAUGAUCUUCGCGCAAAGCUGCAAAGAAAUUCAUCAGACGAAUAUCAAACGGAUCAUGAGGUCACGACUUCCCGUUCGUCUCACCGAAAGUCUAGGUCAAUGAGAACCGAUGAUGCUAUCAAAAAAGAAUUCGCACGAUUGGAAAUCUCCCAUCGUGAUACUUUGGAAAUUAUGGAAGAGCUUCGUGAAGAAAUAAAAAGAAGAGAUGGAAUGGCGCAGGUGGAGGUUAUGUCUGUGAUGACAGCUUCGGAAUGUGGUUAUGUCGACGAUGAUCAUUCUGUGGUCAAUAGCGAUGUCGAUAUGCAGGAAAUUGUUAGUCGACUGAGAGAAGAGGUCGAGCAGCUCAAGGGUGAACAAAAGAGACUCUUGGAUAUUCUAUCCGAUAACCAGAAUGGACACAAAGGUGAUCAAGUCCUGGAGAUCGAGUCGCAAAUCAAUCAACUUAAAAUUGAAAUGAGUCAAGCGAUUUCAGAAAGGGAAAAACUGAUGGAUGAGGAUUCCGCAAACCAAAUUCGAUCCACGAUCAUGGUACUUGAAGAUCAGCUCAUCAAAAAAUUUGAGGCCAAAAGAAAAGCGCAAGUCGCCGAGGCGGUUUCCUGUCUUGGUGAUGAUUCAUCGUAUCCAACAGAAUUUGAUGACAAGAUGUUGGAGAUUAGACAACAAAUCAAUAAAUUAGACCUAGAGAUUGAGUCCAAAAGUCACACCAUUGCUGCGCUAUUGUUUCCUUCUAUCGAACAUCAAAAUGUGGUUAAUAAACUUGAGGACGAACUUUUCGAUGUAAAAGAAUCUUAUCAACUCGCACUCGCGACGAAAAAUCGAAUUUUGAACUCAAAUCCCGGGGAAUCGGUGAACAUCGAAAUUGACGAAAAGAGGCUAAAAGAGAUGGAAGAAAAAGUUCAUGAACUCGAAAUCCAACUUAACGCAGCUAAAGAAACUUCAGAUAUCCCUACGCCAAGACGAAAUUCAUUAAUGCUUCUUUUGGACACUCCAACUCAUAAGAUAAUGAACGGACUAGAAGUGCAGCUAUCAAAUUUACAGUCUAAGCUCAAAUCAGAAGAAGAUUCGCAGGACGAACAAGGAAUUGUUACCUUUUUCCAGGAUCAAUUGGAGUCUCUUAAGACGGCCCUCCAACAAAAGAGUGAGCUCAUCGAUUUACUGAAAGAAGACUUGGAAGAAAAAAAUCCGCUCCGACAAAGGUUGAGAGAAAAAGAAGCCGAAGCAUUGUCAUAUCGUACCAAGCUCAUGGAAAUUCACAACAAAGACACCGAAUUGCAAAAUGAAAUGGAAGAACUUCGUUCUUGGCUCCAAAAACUUGAAAGCGGAGAGAAUUUGAACAAGGUUAUCGAGUCAGAGCUACAAAAUUUGAAGAGAGAGCUCAUUCAGGCACGCAGUAGGGAAACCGCUACUUUAGAACGAUUGAAAUCUCUCAAAAACAGUACAGUUUCCACCGUUGAAGAAGCACACCUUCAGGAACAAAUUGAGAAAUUACGCAGUAUAGAAGUCGCACAACGAGAACACAUAAACGCCUUGGAAAGUAGACUUGUCGAAAGAGGUGAUCAGAUCGGAGAUGACCUCAUGAAACUCAAAAUUGAAUUGGGCAUAUCGGAGAAAUCUCUGGAAACUCAGAAAAGCAUCAUUGAGAGUCUCGAGGAAAAGUUAAGGAAUGCCGAAGAUAAAACACAAAUAGCGACCAUCAAACAAGAGAUCAAUGACUUGAAAACGAGGGAAACGGAAAACUUGUACAAAAUUCGGUUACUGGAAGAUCAACUACGUGAAUCUGAUUCCAAGAGCUUGCAGCAAAUUGAAAAACUGAAUGAAGAAAUUGAAAAAUUACGGGAUGAACGCGAAGAACAAAAACAGCUUAAUUUCCUUCAAAAUAGACUAGAGUUGAUCCAAGAUGAGAAUCCAGACAUUGAUGCUUUGAAGGCUCUCAUUGAUAAAUUGAAAAUAUUCGAGUCCGAAUUGCAAAAGACAUUACAAGACUUGGAAACAAAGUAUGUAACCGUUCAAAAGGAAGUCAAGAUCAAGGGAAUGAUAAAGGAAGAGCUGAAAUUUUUAAAAGAACUAGAUUUUGGUCAUAAAUCUACGAUCGAACAGUUAAGGUCACAAAUUGAAAAAAUUACCAAAUCAAAGGACAUCGCAGUUAAAGAGCUUUCAACGAUCAAAGGUGGAUUUAAUCUUCAGGUAGAACUAGUUAAUUCUCUUAAAGAAGAAGUGAAAAACUUGAGACAAGAGCUAGUAUCAGUGAAGUAUGACACGACGUUGUCAACAGAAGAAUUUGACAAAGCUUCCGAAUCUUUGGACAAUACCCGAAAACAAUACGAUAACGCUUUGAAACGCAUCAAGGAAUUGGAAACUGAACUUGAAACGUGUGAGGGUGAUGGAACAACGAAAGAUGAAAAAACUGAGGCUAUUCGAUCUGAAUUGAUAAGCGCGAAACUUGGGAUCGUUAAACAAAAUGAAUUAUUGGUUGAAUAUGAAACUCAGAUGAAGACUUUUAAAGAAGAACAGGUUCAACGCACAGAACGUACAGUGGAACUAACUCGUAUGCUCGAAGGUCGAGAGAUAAACCAGAAGGACGUCAUCAAAAAACUUGAAUCAACAGCAGCUGACUUGGAAAAGGAACUUUUAAUGAUUAGCUCAUCAAAUAUGGACAACGAAAAAAUUUCAAAAUUCAAGGAAAUAAUUGACAUCGUAAAAACACAACUUGAAGAAGCCAAAUUCACAGACGAAAAGCGAGUCACGUUAAUUCAUAAAUUUGAAAGUAACUUAAAGGAACUCACCAAGACCAUAUUAUCCAACGAGCCGAAAAUUAGAAACGAAGACGAUCUCAUCUCGGAAUUGGAUGGUAUCAUACAACAAGCUGAAUGUGAACUUGAAAUGUCGCAAACAUCUGAACCGAAUCUUACUGGACGCAUAAGAAAAUUAGAGUCUCAGUUAAUGGAGGUCAUUUCAAAACAAAAUUCGACAUCAUCCGAGAACAUCGAAUUUUACCAAGCCGAGCUUGAAAAAGCAAAAGCUUCUACAAUCGAAAGUCGAAAAAAGAUCAAGGAGCUAAAAACCAAGAUCCGAAAUGCAAAAACACGUCGCGAUGCAGAACAUAAAGGGUUAAAACUGGCUAAUGACCAAGCAUACUCGAUAAAAGAAGAAUGUACGCGGAUGCAGAAUGAAAUUGAUGACGCAAAAUAUAAUUCUGUUCUCGAUUGUUACAACAGCAAUGAUGAUCCUACGGUUCAACAACUUAUAUGUCAAAUUAAGCAAGAGCAUAGCAAUAUUAAAGCGCAAAAAAUUAGAAUCGCAGAGAUAGAAAAGUCUAAUCAUUACCUGGAAUCGGAUAAAAUUAUGCAAAUCGAGCACAAUGAUGAUCUCGAGGAAGAGCUGGAUCAACUUCAAAAGGACAUUGAGACUUUGUCGGAUGAGUUUGCGGACGAAGCGUCCAAAUUUGAAGACGUCGAUAGACUGUCCAAACAACAAAAACUUCGUAUUGCAGAAUUAGAGGCGUCCUUGGAAGAAACCAGGAAAUUAAAUCUUGAAAUACAAUCGGGAGAAUCGACAGAUCCAACGAUCAACAAACUUUUGAUUGCAAAUAAAGAAUUGCAACAGACCUACGAAAAUUUGAAUUCAAAAAUAGUUGAUUCCGAAAAAAUGACUUCUUCGCUUUCCGACAGAAUCAAAACAUUGGAAAAUGAAAUAGUUCGUAUUGGAGACAGCAAUGAAUCGCUGACCAAAAAUUUAAGGGUACAAAUCAAAGAACUUGAAUUUGAGAGAGAACAUUUGAAUAGUGCGAAUAGAAUUAUACUGGAAGAACGUGAAGUACUUGAUAAAAGGAUUGCAUUCCUAAGAGAACAAUUGCGAAUGACCGGUUCCGAUGAGACGCAAAUCGUAAAGCUGAAUGAUUUAGUUGACACUUUGGAAAAGAAAGUAUCAUCUUUUAAGCAAGAUUCGGCUGACAGGUCCGAGUCUUUGGAACAAGAAUUUGUUCGAUUACUAGAAGCUAAUGAUCGUCUUGAGCAAGAGUAUAAAAACUCUUCACAGAAAACCGAUGACGACUCAAACCCUUCUACACGAUCUGCUGCCAUUAUAAACAAUGAAGCCAUUACAGAGAACGAUGAUAUCAUCAAGAGCCUUAAAGAAAAGCUUUCUCGACUGGAAUCACAAUAUGCGGAUAAUCAUGCAGAACAAAAUCGUCUUUCUGUAGCUUCCAACUCAUCGAAAAAGAGUGUGCACCCUAAAAACGGAAAUAAUGAUUCUUCUCGACCUUCUACGCCGUCGUCAAUUACCCCAUUAUCACCACGACCUGGCGAUUUGCAAAAAGCAAAUAUUCCUAAUCCACCAUCACCAAGAACUGGACAUUCAAGGAUAAACACACCAACUUCCCCGCUCGCUCCGAAGUCAAGGAGAGGUCGAUCAGAAUCCAACGUGACAAGCUCCGGGGAAUUUUCACAGGAGAUGCAAAAUCUUCAGAUGAAGAUUUCAAAGAUUGAUAAUGAUAAUAUGGAGUAUAAAAGUCAUGCCGAGGCUCUAGAAGCCAACAUACAAGAAAGCGGUCUUAAUUUGAGAGUGGCAUGCGACCAAUUAUCGAUACUACAGAAAGAAAAACAAGAAUUUAUUGAAACAAUCAAAAGCUUAAAGUCGAAGUUAGAAGAAACCCAAUUACAACUUGAAACAGCGAAAAAUACCGUUGAAGUGGAGCAUCGGGCAUUGAAAAUUAUAGUAGAGGAGGAGAAGAAAGCCAAGCUUAAAGCUGAAAGGGCGAGAAAUCAGCUUGAAAAUCAAAUGGAGCAACUUACGAAUAAGAAAAAGAGAUUCAUGUGUUUUUAA